AUGGCGGAGACAAUGAAAUACGAGAAUGGGAUGAUGGUAUUCGACACAAGCUUGCUGAAACAGAAAGAGAUGCCAAGCGAGUUCGUGUGGUCGGCGGAAGACCUGACGGAGACGGCGAAGGAGGAUCUGAACGAGCCACUGAUAGACCUGAGCGAUUUCUCGAAAGGCGACGAGGAAGCCAUGGCUAGGGCUUGCGAGCUCGUGAGAGAGGCCUGCGUGAAGCACGGGUUCUUCCAAGUCACCAACCAUGGCGUCGACCCUCUUCUGAUCCAAGCCGCUUACGACGAGAUCGGCUCCAUCAUUGGGCUUCCUCUCGACGUGAAGCUCAACGCAAAACGGCAACGCGGCAGCGUUCAGGGCUAUUCUGGUGCUCAUGCCGAUCGGUUUUCCACCAACUUGCCAUGGAAAGAGAUCUACUCUUUUGAAUAUAGCAACGAGGGUUCUGAUUCGCAAAUCACUGAGCAUUUCAAGUCUGCCUUUGGAGACAACCUUAAUAAACAUACUGGGGAGGUGUAUCAGAGGUUCUGCGACGCGAUGAAGGGACUGUCGGAAGUGAUAAUGGAGGUAUUGGCGAUGAGUUUGGGAUUGGAAAGAUCAUACAUGAAGGAAUAUUUCAAAGAUGGUGGAGGCAUAAUGAGAUGCAACUUAUACCCACCAUGCAACAGUUCGAACCUCACCAUGGGCACUGGUCCUCACAGUGAUCCGACCAGUGUCACUAUUCUUCAUCAGGAUCAGGUUGGUGGUCUCGAAGUCUUCAUCGAUAACAAGUGGCUCGCCGUUCACCCUCGCCCUGAGGCCUUUGUCAUCAACAUCGGCGACACCUUUCAAGCGUUGACAAAUGGGAAAUACAAGAGUUGUCUGCAUAGGGCUUUGGUGAACAGGGAGAAGGAAAGGAGGUCAUUGGUGUACUUCACUGUUCCAAAGAAGGACAAGACGGUGAAGCCACCUGAGAAGCUCAUGCUGGAAGAAAAAGAGGAGAGGAAGUACCCUGAUUUCAAGUGGUCCGAUUUCUUCACCUUCACCCAGUACCAUUAUCGUCCUAAUACUCAUACUCUUCCUAACUUUGUCCAUUGGUUUCUCUCUUCCAAAUCCACCAAUCAGUCCAUCCCAUCUUCUAAUGCUGCUUAA